AAACAAAUAAUCCCUCCCGUAUCUCCUACUCUCGCCCUCUUAACCCUAAAACCUCCGUUCAGCUACACUGCAACCCCUCUUUUGCUCCUCUCUUCUUUUUCCAAUUUGCUCCAAAGCAGGCAGAUACAGUUUAGAAAAUGGUUCAAGAGGCGAUUAAUGGUGGUGCUGAGAAGUCACAGUUGGCUAUCACUGUAGAGCAGCUCAUUGCCGUUAACCCUUACAACCCAGAUAUCCUCCCUGAUCUGGAAAACUAUGUUAACGAACAGGUUUCGUCUCAAACAUACAAUCUGGAUGCAAACCUUUGCUUGCUCCGUCUUUAUCAGUUUGAGCCGGAGAGAAUGAGUACACCAAUUGUUGCUCGUAUUUUGGUUAAGGCCCUAAUGGCAAUGCCAGCUCCAGAUUACAGCCUGUGUCUCUUCCUAAUCCCGGAACGAGUGCAAAUUGAAGAGCAAUUCAAGACACUAAAUGUUCUCUCACACUUCUUAGAGACUGCAAGGUUCCGCCAAUUUUGGGAUGAAGCUGCAAAGAGCCACCACAUUGUGGAAGCUGUUUCUGGUUUUGAACAAGCUAUUCGAGCAUAUGCUGUUCAUGUCCUUUCAAUAACCUACCAGAAGGUUCCAAGGACGAUCCUUGCAGAGGCUAUCAACAUUGAGGGUGUUUCAUUGGAUAAGUUCCUUGAGCACCAGGCAUCGAACAAUGGUUGGGUUAUUGAAAAAGGUCAGGGUAAGGGCCAACUCAUCACCCUUCCUCCCACUGAAUUCAACCAUCCAGAGCUUAAGAAAAAUACUGCUGAUAGUGUUCCACUGGAGCACAUCACGCGUAUCUUCCCCAUUCUUGGCUGAAGCCUGCAAUUGAGAGCAAUUUUUCAUUGUGAAACACAUGGGAUCGUAGGUCCUUGCUUUUUCUGAACUUUAAUAGACUUAGGAGAGGGUUCUUUUUUUUUUUUUAAUGAUUACCGCCAGCCAAUGUACUUUUGGAAGAUGUUAAAAUAUAGACUCUGCUCGGAAAUUUAUAAUGUAGUCGAUAUGGGCGAUGUGUACUA